AGGAGACAUCACACAGCUUUGUUCAAGGGAGCAUCUCGUCGAUUUUGCUGACAAAGCUAAUGCCAGGAGAUGAAGAACCGAAAAAAGGACGUAUUUCAGUCUGUAGUAGUUCUUUUAUUCUCUCUAUCUGUAGCUCAAGGUGGCCGUGUAACUCAAAUAACCCCAACAACUGGAAGUUUGCUCGGAGCAACAACAUUAACGAUACAUGGAGAAGGAUUUGCACAGAACCAGUUCAACGAGUUUGAGAAGGAGUUGGGUAAUAACGUCACCCUUGUAUCACUGUCUCGCGUCCAUGUCGUACCUUGUGACGUUAUCUUGUACUAUACGACCCCGUAUCGAAUAGUUUGUCAAACACGACCCUCCCCAUCAGGAGAAGAUAGUUAUAACGUACGAGUGUCGGUGGAUGGAAAGUGGUUACAUAACACUGAUGAGAAUGUGUAUUGCGGAGGAGAAUGUUUGUUUAAGUACAGCGAGACGAAGACACCAACAAUUACCUCAAUAACACCGAAAUAUGGAUUACCAGGAUCACUUUUGAAAAUUUGUGGAAGGAUGUUUACAGAUCAAGUUAUUGAAACAGAGAGCUUUGACCCAGAGUUACCCUCAAUUGAAAGGAUUUUUGCAGGUGCGCAUUUGUGUGAGGCGAAAGAUCCAGAAACAGACCAACUGUAUGGAAUGAAAAUAGAAGACCAAAACGCCAAGACGGGUUACAUAAAAUGUAAACCUGUUUCACCAAUGAUAGGAUCGGAAAGAGCUUCCUUCUUGGUGUCCGGUUAUGGCCGAUCCCGGAUGUCUAAAGAUGUCAUUUCAGUUGACUCCCAGGACAAACUUUACCUUUUCCAAACUCAUGCAGAUGUUAUUCAUGUCAGCCCGGCUGUUGGCAGCACAGCGGGUGGAACAGUUCUUACAAUAAAAGGCAAAGGUUUUGAUGAGACCGCUAAUAAGGUUUCAGUUGAAGUAGCAGGGGUACCUUGUGAAAUACAAUCAAUAGAAAAAGACAUCAUCAAAUGUCAGACAAAUGAGGCCCUUCAAUCUACGGCAGAUAACGUUGAGUUUUACGCAGGGAAUCGUGGCCUAUUACGUGAAGUGUGGAACCAUACUAGUUCGUUUUCCGUAUCAGGAUACGGAGGAGGACUGAGAAAAAUGGCUUCUGAAGUGUUACCCGAAGCAAGUUCAACAUCAUUCAGUAACCGACUGCGAGGCUUCUUUGUGCCACCAUCGGACAAUAACUACACUUUUUUUAUCCAAACUAAUCAUAGGGCCGAGUUGUACCUCAGUAUUAACGAAUCUUCCAAGGCUAAGACGAAAAUUGCGUCCUGUUUCAAGCCGUCAGCCAGUUGGUCUGAAUUUCCAGAGCAGAAGUCGGCGGUAAUCUCUCUGAGAAAAGGUCAGCAUUAUUACUUGGAAGCUGUUCAUGUGCAGGGUAGCGGAAAGUCACAUGUAAUGAUCGGAGUCAAAAUCCAGAACACGCGUCACGUGAACUCACAAACUGGCUUGGCAGUAAAUGAGAAGCAGCAAAUUGACUUGAAGUCAGUGAAACGCCCGGAGAAACAAGUGAUUAACAUUACCAGCUGGGAUGACGGGAAGUUGUUUGAGGUGCAGGUCGUGAAUAUCAUCAUGUCUUGUAACCAAACCAAAGGAAAUAACACACUUCGCGAGGAAGUAUUUUUUCUAAGUUACGAUGGAGACAAUACUGCUCCAUUGCCGCUGAACAUUAUGACCACUGAAACGUUUCAGCGCGCAAUUAACAAUCUCACAACUAUCAGGAAACAAGGAAAAGUUAAUGUAACUGAACUAGUUGCCAGCAACAAGUCCACUUUCUACCGAGUUACUUUUCUCUUCAAGGAUCCCGAAAACACAAAGAUGUUGCGAUCCAAUGUGACAUGGGUUAAUAUCACACGAUUACAGAAAGGUGUCCCGGGUAACUACUUCUGGAAGCUUACUCUCGCUGGAAGAAUAUCAAAAAACAUCCAUGUGAAUGCAACAGAAAAUGACGUCAAACAACAGCUCCUAGAUAUGAUUGGCUGGCACUGUAGCUAUCAGACACCUCCAGACCGUGCCUAUUAUUAUAACGGUUUUGAAAUUCCGUCCUUGGGCCCUGAAUACGGUGAACGAGUGUUAAAACCAACAGCAAAUUGCGGUCGGUUUUCUUUGAAGAAUCCCAAGUAUAUUUUUUUAGCUGGCCAGACUAAGGACAAAUUCGGGAGAGUCUUACAGGGCUACGAAGUUGCUCGGUAUAAACAACUCUGUUUUUCAUAUAAAGGAAAGAUGAAAGACUUUAUCAGUUUCCGGAUAUCAUACACGGACAAGUUUGGCGCUGAUCGACAGUCCUGGAGGAAGUACAGCAUUAUGACUAUCUCGGAUGGAAAAUGGCAUCAACUGUGUAUGAAUGUUCAUGAUAGGGUUUUACUUGAUACAAAUGUAAAGGCUGAUUUACGUUAUAAGAUAUACAUUGAGGUUGUCAAGGUGUCUCGUGAAUUGGAAGCGGAUAUUUCGAUCGACGACGUUUUCAUAUGGAGUGAGCCAGUAUUAGUACAAAGACUUCUUCACCCUGCCGAACCAGGGGGAAACAUCAUAGAAUCCGUGGAUGUGCGGAGUCUUGGACCGAGUGCUUGGUCUGUCUCGAUGACUCCUUCAUCAUGCGGAACUGGUAUUGAGCUACUGCAGAUUGCAGAUGCAAUUUUGGUCAGUGGUAACACCACAUCUAACCAGGCGGUAUUCAGACCGACUAACUCCACUGGGGACACAAGCAUGUCUGUGUCACGUGGUCAAGCUGCUACUCCUCCAGUGGGAGGGACUUUCGACAUCUUCCUUGAAAAUUAUCGAGUAACAGGCAUUCCUGCUAACAUAUCGGCAGAGCAACUCAAGUCCACUCUGGAAAGCAAUUUUAAUAUCGGUAAGGUCAGCGUCAGUGGUUUUGGGACAUGUGCGUCGUAUUCUUGGACGAUAGAAUGGGCGACCACAGGAGGAGAUCAGCCUGCUUUAGUAGUCGAUGGAAACGGCCUGACAGGAAACAAUGUGUCAAUCAAAGCUGUUACAAUAGAUGACGGAGGAUUGUUUUUAAGGCCGAUCCCCGGUGAUAUGCUGCGUGUAGCUGAAAGAAAGCCUCAGGUGACAGUUACGUUUAACAACAUUCCGUCAAGCUGUUUCAAUAGAAAUUGUUCUUUCACAUUUUCUUCUUCGAUUACUCCAUCUCUUUCUUCAAUAUCUCCACAACGCGGAACUAGAGGAACGCUAGUAACAUUAACCGGAAAUGGUUUCACUACCAAUGCACAGGAAGUCGAUGUCACUAUUGGUGAAGCUCCCUGUCACGUGACAAGUAUCAGUGAAACCACCAUUAAGUGCACCGCAGGCCAGUCGUCCGGUGGAUCGCACGAUGUUUUUGUUAAAAUUGGAAAUCAGGGUUUUGCCAAGCACGUAAGUGGACAGAUCCGCUUUACUUACGAAGUUCAUGUGAGCGGGAUAAAGCCAAACAAAGGAAGUAUUGGAGGAGGAACAUAUGUUGUUAUAGCAGGUGAUGGAUUUGGUUUGAUGCUAGAAAAUGGUAGUGUGACAAUCGGUGGUUCUGUUUGUAGCAUACUCAGCGUUAACCUGACCGAAAUAUCCUGUGUCACGACACCCCACGAUGUAAGUAACGCCAGCAUCACUGUCGCUAUCGAUGGAAAAAUUGGAACAUUGUCAAAUGCUUUCUGGUACGACUCAGGAGUCACCCCUCUAAUUUUAUCGAUGAGUAUUGUAGAGGGUGGUGUCAGUGGCGGUGCAGAAAUUUUUAUUCAGGGUAGUGGAUUUGGGGUUCAAAAAGGGACCAUUACAAUAGGUUCUCGUCCAUGUGACGUGAGUUUGUAUUCAAACUUUCUGAUAAAAUGCAUCACUCCCGCAAAUGCUCCAGGGACAUAUGACGUUCUCAUUUGUGUAGACGGAAAGGGCUGUGCGGUUGAUGCAACUAUGGGUUUCAGGCCUCCCAAGUUUAAAUACGUAUUAGAAGUGACUGGUGUAUCUCCUUCGCAUGGCUCGAUCUUUGGAGGAACUGUUCUAACUGUGGUUGGCCGUGGCUUCAGUGACAAUGCUUCAGUUAUUUCAGUAAAUAUUGGCGACGUUCCCUGUAAAGUUUUGUCGAGCAGAAAUACGGAAAUACUCUGUAAGACUGACGCUUCAUCUGUUACUCACUAUGUAGACAACAUAGGACUUCAUCCUGAGUACGGAAUUGGAUACGCCUGGAAUCCACAGACGAUUACGAUCAACGCUGGUGACUUUGUUAAGUGGCAGUGGACUAGUCCCGAGCUGUCAGGAUUGAGUUAUGGUGUACAACAAACUAGUGACGCUUCUAGCGCUGUGUAUGACGGGAAAGGGUUUAAGAGCUCGCGCAGUGGAAGCGGCCACUUCACUCAAAAGUUUAACUUACCUGGAACGUACUUUUAUUCAAGUGGAGCAGUAGACCCAUAUGGAGCUAUUGUCAUGAAAGGAAAAAUUGUUGUCAAUGAUUUCAAGAGUAAGUCUAUGGAAGUCAAGGUGCAAGUUGGAGGAGUUUUGGCUCCAUAUAACUCGUCGGUUUUUAAUUUCCCGGUCGCUGGUUCCUCUGAUUGUCAGUCAGGUGUGAUAAAUGCCAUACCACAUUGCACCCCUACAGACCCGUUACCAAGCAACCAGUCUUCGUUUAGUUUCAAAUUCUGGAAGUGUAGUACACCGGAAGUGACUUCAAUAAGCCCGAACAGCGGAACCAGCUCGACACUUCUUACCUUGACAGGCAAAGGAUUUGGACUCAUUAAUUGCCAGAAUGAGGUCAAAAUUGGUUCUAGUUAUUGUACGAUUCAAAGUUCUGCUGAAGAUAAAAUAACCUGCCUGGUGACAUCUGGAAAUCAGUUGAGUUCAGGUUCACCGCAUAGUGUUUAUCUACGUGUAAAUAACAGAGGAAUUGCCGUCAUUAAAGUAGAGAACGGAAAAAACGCUUCAUUUACUCUUCAGCCAAGAAUACAGACUGUAUUUCCACAGGUAGGUUCCAUGAUGGGUGGCUCCAUUCUGACCAUCACCGGAGAUGGUUUCUCUCCCGUCCCUGAGGUGCAAGUGGGCGGAGUACCAUGCCAGAUUUUAACAUCAAGCUACACCCAGCUCAAAUGUCAAACAGCUGCCGGAAAAGCUUCACAGGUGCUACCCGUCGUGGUUAAAGUCAAUGGAAUGGAAAGCAAUUGUGGUUCUAGCUGUACCUUCACUUACUCAGAUGCAAAAACCGCACGAAUAGAUUCAGUGAUCCCUUCGGUUAUAGUCGGAGACGAAAAUAUUAUUCGUAUAUAUGGUUCUGGUCUUCCAAGCGGAGCUUCAGAUUUGGAAAUAAAGAUCGGGAAAACCCCGUGUAUCGUGACGUCCUCGUCGCAGUUCGCGGCAUCUUGUCGAGUUGGCCCUGUUGUGGCAGGGAAGCAUGAUUUGAAAAUUCGCCACGGAACACAAGGCUUUGCUAUGUUUGAGGCCGGAGCUCCAAAUUUGAUUGACAGCCUUGCUGUAGUGUCGAGUAUAACACCGACAGAGGGAAGUAUCAUGGGCAGUACAGAAUUGUCAAUCAAAGGGAGCGGGUUUGAUCCUACCGCUGGUCGCACAAUUGUGAAGAUUGGGACUAACUACUGCAGUGUUGAACGAGUGACGUCAUCGGAAGUCGUCUGUAGGACCUCUAAUCACGACCCAGGAUCUUACGAGGUCAUAGUAACAGCAAACUCCAUUACUUUUCCUCGUCUCCGUUAUGCAUUCCGAACAUUUAUCACUCCCUAUGUCAAGUCAGUAUCACCAGCUCUUGGAAAUGGAGGACAGACGGUCAGCAUCUAUGGGGCUGGCUUCUCUUCAAAUACAGCUUACAUGCACUUGACCAUUGCAAACGUCUCCUGCAAUGUUGUGAGCACCAGUGAAACACAUGUGACAUGCGCACUGGGUAACAGUCCUGCAGGGAUCUACAGUGUUAAACUUCAUGUUAAAGGCAAAGGACUUGCUGCUUAUCCUAAUUUAAAACCAGUGACGUUUAUUUAUGAAAUAUCCUUGGACAGUAUUUCGCCUAAUGACUCCGGACUUGGAGGUGGCAGGAUUGUGUCCAUCAAAGGACAUGGGUUUGACUCAUCCACAGUGGUGAGAAUCUGCGACAAUGUUUGUGUGGUUGUUAACAGCUCGCUGAACGAGAUUUAUUGCGAAGUUCCAUCGUAUACAGGACAAACAGGCAGCCCUAAUAUCAACUGUUCAGUAAGUGUCGUAGGAAAAAAUGAGGUUUCGUCAUCAAAGUCAGGUUUUUUUGCAUAUCGAGAAACUCUCACCUCACGUAUUACGUCAGUGAGUCCGUCUCGUGGUGGGACAGGUGGUGGAGUCCAGUUAACCAUACUGGGAAAUGGAUUUAGUCCAAAUAAAGACGGAAAUAAAGUCUUCAUUGCGGGAAUUCCCUGCAAAAUGACCUACUUCACUAAAACUGAAAUCCGCUGUACAACAGGACCACGGAAAGGAACAAUAGAAACAAAAGUACGAGUGGAGGUGGACGGAAAAGGAAUGGCAACUCAAGACCAAGCAGAUUUUCAGUACAUCGAUGUCUGGUCGUCGCCUUAUACAUGGGGAUACAAAAACCCGCCAGGCAAAGGAGAUGGUGUUGUUAUUACCGCAGGACAGACGAUUCUUCUCGAUGUGGACACUCCAGUUUUCUCUUUUUUAGUAAUAAGAGGAGAGCUGAUUUUUGAUGAGAAGAACAUUACAUUAAAUUCUGAAAAGAUUUUGGUUGUUGACGGUGGAAAAUUGCAAGUUGGAACUGAGACCAAACCAUUUGAACAUAAAGCCAAGAUUAUACUGCAUGGUCAUUUGCACAAUAAGAGGUUGCCCAUAUUUGGAACUAAAGUCUUGGCAGUGAGAGAAGGGACUUUGGAUCUACAUGGGAAAGUCGUGCCCAUCACGUGGACAAAUUUAGCUAAGACUGCUCUUCCAGGUGAUACUCAGCUGAUUCUAAAGCACUCUGUGACAUGGAAGAUCGGUGACCAAAUAGUUCUUGCCUCUACAAGUCGUACUCAGCGUGAAAACGAAGAGUUUAACAUUACGAACUUGUCAGCUGAUGGACGUACUAUUGGCAUUGCCCCACCUGUAAAACAUAAGCACAUAUCUAUUGUUCAAACCAUCGCUGGAAGAACAAUAGAAACGCGUGCUGAGGUGGGACUUUUAACUCGAAACGUCGUCGUUGAAGGCUCAGAAAACGACGAAUGGACUGAGAUAAUUCCGGAAUGUCCCGAAGGAUUCGAUCCAGGCCUCUUUGCUGUACAAACUUGUUACCAGGGACGCUAUGGAAAGUCAAUGGGAAGCGAGCAGUUUGGGUCGCAAAUUAUGAUUAACGCAAGGAUGCAAAGUGAGGGAUUAGUAACUGGUAGAAUAUCUUACGUGGAGGUCCGUAAAGCUGGACAGGCAUUUGGACUGGGUCGCUACCCUAUUCAUUUCCACCUUAGUGGAAACGUCUCCGGCUCUUACGUCCGUGGCUGUUCAAUACAUCACACCUUCAACCGAGCAGUGACAAUUCAUGGCGUGACUGGAUUACUUGUCGAACAUAAUGUUGCUUACCAUGUUAUGGGUCACGCAUUCUUCAUUGAGGAUGGAAUAGAAACUGGAAACACGAUACAGUAUAACCUUGGAGUCUUUGUCCAGACCUCUAGCACACUUCUCAUAACUGAUGUCACACCAGCUACAUUCUGGGUUACAAACCCGAAUAAUACCGUUCGUCACAAUGCCGCGGCUAGUGGAAGCCACCAUGGCUUUUGGUACAACUUGCCCAACUUCCCUGGGGGACCUUCAUUCACCACCUCAGUCUGUCCAAAGAAAUCACCUCUGGGGGAGUUCCAGAAUAACACUGCUCAUUCGUUCGGAAGAUAUGGUUUGUGGAUCUUCAAAGAAUACUUUCCGAUGCGUGGAGGCAGUUGCGAUUCUUCAAUACCAGAACCAGCCAAGUUCUUCACGUUGCUGGCAUACAACAACCUUAAAGGUUUCGAAGUCACAAGUGGAGGAGCCAUUCAGACAAUCAACUUCACAGUGAUAGACAACUCUGAGGCUGGACUGGAGUUUACCGAUCUGAAUGCUCCUUGGGGUGACAAUGGACCCUUAGUGAAAGACUCCCUUGUGGUGGGACACAGUGCUGUAAGCGAAGGUCCUAGUGCCUGCACUCUGGGAGGGAUCGUAACUCCACAGUCUUCGCACCUCACUGUUUCUGGAACCACGUUUGUAAAUUUUGAUUCGCCCUCUUGCGCUGCUCUGCGCGCAUGCUCAUUUUGUGAAGCUAGGCAGGGAGGUUUUACCACGCGAUUUGAGAAAAUUCGCUUUGUUAGUGCACCUAAUAAGGCAGCCUUCAAAUGGGAGCACGAAGCUGUAUUUGAAGAUCUGGAUGGUACAUUAACAGGCUUAUCUGGUGGCGGAAGCAUUCUUCCAUCAAAUCCCAAUCUUCCCCCGAAGCACUGUUCCCAGUCUCCCGCCGCGAGUGUAAGCCGCGUUUCCGGAAGUAUAUGUGACUCGACCAUACGUUUCCGCCGGAUGGCAUGGAACAAUCCGCUUCCUAGUUCCCUGCUCUAUCGUGACGCUCUCCUAUCCAAUGAACACGGAACCAGUUAUGUCCCCUGGAGGUUCAUGAGGCUCACUCACGAUCAAGGUUGGAUGUCGACUAUUAUUCUCGGCCAAAACUAUAAUUUUAGUUUUGACAACGCUCCUCAACUCACCAACAUUUCGUACAGCGCUGUAUUCUACGAAUUUGGUGCCCAAGACUACGUCUGGAUGACUCACCCCAUGAAGCAGCUUCCAGAUAUGAUUUCAACAACUGGAAGGUAUAUCAACAUGUCCAGCAGUUUACCGUCUCCGAAUGCGUCAAAUGGUGACUGGUUCUACAACAAUGAAACCAAGACACUGACAUAUAUUGUGUCAGGGAAGGGAGGGUUGGGAGUGGGAGCCACAAACAUAGAUAUAGGAAUGCACGUUUACCGCUGCUUUUUUAAGGACUGUAUCAAACCCAUUCCACCUCCACCCCCUGAGAAACGUCCCCUUGAAUAUCUGCGAUGGUCAGACCCGGAGGCCUGGUACGGAACAGAUCCUGGAUAUGGAGGCUACAACAAACAGCUGCCACACGAUGGUGAUAAUGUCAUUAUCCAACAACACUGGUGGAUGGUAGCGGAUACCGAACUUCCCUAUAUGAGAAAACUUUUCGUAUACGGUACCUUAGAGUUGGAGCCUUAUAUGGACUUUGUUCUUAAUGCAACUUACAUUGUGAUUGGUGAAGGAGGAAACCUUAUUAUUGGUUGGGAAGAUCAACCAAUGAUAGGCAAUGUUCUUAUAAACCUAAACGGAAAUUGGGAUACUCCAGACAUUCCAGUUCAAGGCGGUCCUAACAUCGGCUCCAAAGCUCUUGCUAUUUUUGGGAAUCUGGAAAUGCACGGUCUAAACAGAACAGUGUACUGGACAUGUCUGAGCAAAACUGCUGACCCAGGAAACAGCAUAAUUUAUGUAAAAAAGGAGGUGGACUGGAAACCAGGGGAAAAGAUUGUGAUUGCGCCAACCUCCUAUGAACCUUACGACACAGAAAUCCAUACCAUAGUUUAUGUCUAUCCUGAUCGGAAGACCCUUCAGCUGAACAACACCCUUAAAUAUAAACACCUCGCGGAGUCGUAUAGCACAGGAACUUGGAACUAUUCUCUUGUCGCUGAAGUGGGUCUGCUGACCAGAAACAUUGUGAUCAAGGGCGCUGAUGACGCUGGCUAUGUGCUUGAUAAACAGUCGUUCGGUAGUCGCGUGUUGAUUAGUUCGUUUCAUGACAUGGUUUCAUCUAACAGGAGAGUUCGCAUGGAGAAUGUGGAGUUUCAUCAUUGUGGUCAGGAAGGAUGGAAUGACUAUUUUGAUCCCAGAUAUUGUCUGGCACUCCUCGAUGUUGGCAAUCUUAAGUCAUCCUACAUCCGGGGUAAUUCAUUCCAUGAUGGGUUUAACACCGCCAUUGGUGUAUUUGGAACACACGAGUUAACUGUCGUCGAUAACGUAAUUCAUCACACAGUUGGCUCAUCCGUGAGAGUCUGGGGAACAAAUAACAAGGUUCUUCGUAACUUGGCCGUGUUGAGCGUUUCACCAGCAACUUACAAAGGGAGACAUGAAGUUAACAAUAAACUCUGGCACGCGUCAUUUGACAUCAGUAAGGCCUCUUCGAUCGUCCUCCGAGAUAACGCUGCAGCGGGCAGUGAAAGGAUUGGGUUCCACAUCAGGGGAGAGACCUGCUACAGUGACAGCCCUGGUGGAAGCUGGGAGAGUAACACUGUUCACACAACUCUACACGGGAUACAUAUUGGCUACUCUGACGGUCUGCCUGAAUGUUUAAAGAUUGCUAAUUUUGUCGUUUGGAAAAGCUGGGAUUUUGGCGUGUUUGGUUUCCCAACGUCACGAGUUAUUUUACAGGAUACUGUUGUGGUGGAUAAUAAUAUAGGAAUCCUCAUAAAUGUUUGGAGACCACCUGCACUCUCCCACGUGACCGCUGACAAGUUUGUUCAUCUUGAUCGAGUUCUAAUAGUCGGCACCAGUCCAAGUUUUGACUGUGCUAGUGACUCGAUAGCGCCUCGAAACUCUCAUAUCACCAAGCAAGUUCGCGCGCCGCGCUACAGAGGAGGCGGUAACACUGGUUUUAUGCUCUCAACAUUUACAUCAGGACCCGGUCUGGCUCCUGAGAAAGCCUGGCACGGCAUUAACGCUUAUCCAGCAAUAAGGGGAGUUGUAAGACUAAAUAACGUUGGAUUUUCUUAUUUUGGAACCCAGUGUGGUCGUGACAGUGUCGUAUUCACCACCAAUCCAAAGUCCCCAGAUGCAUUCCAUCCCGUCGAAGCACGCGGCAUUUCCUUACAAAAUGUUGAUAACGAUAAGUUGAUUUAUAUACCACCCUCAAAUAUCGCCUGGAUAAACCCCUCUGACUGUAUCGAUAUGGACUGCGAUGGAGCUAAGCAUGUUUUGAUUAAGGAUUUUGACGGAACCCUAACUGGUACAUCCGGCGGAAGUGUCAUUUCCAAGGCUGAUUAUGAGUGGAACGGAGAUCCGCGGAGAGGACUGGGGGAUUACCGCAUGCCUCGAGCCUUACUCACGUCACCAGACGGUUCGCGGUUGAACGCAUCUGUCGUGGCACCGCGUCAUGGAAUUGUGCGAGGGACGCAUGCACAGAAUUUUUGCUCAUGGAAUGCAGCAUGGAAUGGAUACAAAUGCAGCAAGCUAGACUACCACAUGUUCAUAAUAGAGAGCUUGGACGCUGACACAGAGCUUCGUAGGCUUUCUCCAGUUGCUCUAUCGUCCAAUGGAUACACAGAUUUGCUUAACGGACCAAUGGAUCAUGGCUGCUGCUUUGGAUACGCAUGCAUGGAGAGAAUAUCGACAUUCUUCUCUAUCGUGGCAACACAACAGAACUAUACUAUCUAUUUCACGGGCACUAAUCCUCAAAGCCUUCGCCUAACGUUGCUGAACGCCAACGGCUCCCAAGCUCUUCGAGUUGCUAUCAGAUACACCACACCUCAGCGGUUGGACGUAUAUCGCACAGGCGCUUUCAUAUUCCCAACCAAUGCAAAUUUCAACGAGGAAAACUUUAGCUACAAAAAGAAAGAUCCUAAGCUCCCGGAUAACCAGUUUGAGCCGACCUUGAAUAGCAUCAGCGGAGCCAACUAUUACGAUCGAGAAAGCCAUCUACUUUAUGUGGUAGUCAAAGGAAAUGUUCCUGUGGACAUAAGAACUGCUCCAGUCGUACAAGUUAAGCUCGGAAGCAAGCCUGUCCAUUUCAACGACUUCUUCGAAAAGAAUUUAGUUCAAAAUAUGGCCUCGCUCCUUAAUAUCGACGAGUCUCGCAUUCGCGUAGUCGAAAUCGUAAAUGCCGCCGAGAAAAACCGAAGACGACGAAGAACUUCGAAUGAUGAGGUGAUGACAGUCACGAUCGAAAUAGGCGACCCGCCGGAACGUCACAUAUCUUACACACCUGAGAAUACAUUUGCCCCUGGAAAUUCCUCUUCCACUAGUCCUCCUUUUGUUACCGCCACAACAACGGCCUCUCCUACCAUGAGCCCCACUGAACAGUACAUAGGUCUCCAGUCCUUAGCUUCCAAAACUGUAGAGGCAGCACAAACAGGGCGCAUGGCUUCCUCUCUUAAUUUGGACAUUUUAUCGAUUGAGGUUACGGAUCCCGAGCCUCCACGAAAACUCCCGGAAGGAUGGAAACGAGCGACACCCGAAGAAGCCGGACCAAAGAAUGGAACAUGGCGGUUUGAUCAAGUCGAAAUGAUGAAAGAAGGCAACAAGUCCAGUCCGGUGUAUGAUUACCUGAUUCCUGCUCGACUUGUUGUAGUACAACAACCUGGUGGAGCCAAUGAAACUGUUCCUUUUCAAAUUCAACCCAAAUUGCUGAUGGUUGAUAAACUCAACCGCACCGUAAACAUGCUGGGACAUAGUGACCGUGAACAAUGGUAUGUAACUGCGUCAAUCAAGAAUGGCACCGGGGACCCUGGUGCCUUUUUGGGUGGAAACACGACUGUACCGUUCUAUGAUGGCUGGGCAAACUUUACUAAUCUUAACAUUAGCCACAACGGCACAAACUAUGUUCUAGAAUACAGAGUAUCCCUUCCUGCUGAAGCAAGCUUUACAUCUUUGUCGAAGCCUUUUGAAGUCAAAGAAAGAAUCUUGUAUUUUGCGGUCGUAAGACACCCAAGUGAUGCCAACGAGACCGUUCUUUUUGGCCAGCAGCCUUUGGUUGAGGUCCGUGACGCUGCUAAUGGCGAGCUAGUGACGAACACGGGGUGGAAGGGGAGGAAGUGGAUUUGUAGGGCGUCGCUACUUGAUUCAAAAGACUAUAAAGGAAGCCUGACUGGAUCAUCCAGUGUAGAAUUUUCUGGUGGUAUCGCGUCAUUUCUUGAUCUCGCCAUUGACCAUGAGGGAAAUAACUACAUUCUCAUUAUCAAAGCUUUCACUAUUCCAUCAUCUCGUUACCAAUUCUCAACUAACACCACUCCUUUUGACGUGAAAGAGAGGAUCUUGGAACUGGUUAUUACUCAGCAGCCAGGAGACUGCAAUGAUACCGUUCCAUGCGGCCACCAACCUGUGCUCGAGAUCCGAGACGCUGCCACGAACGUAUUGGUUGGAAAUCUAGGCUGGCGCCGUCGAACGUGGACAAUUCUAGCUUCAAUGGAAGAGGGAGCUGGAAACCAGGUGCUUCUUGGCCAAAGGAAAUUCCAAAUACCAGUUUCAGGGCGCGUGGAGUUCUCAAACUUUAGUUUUUAUGAUGUGGCAACCAAUUAUCGGAUGAAAUUCAACGUGUCGGUCAGUCCUCACUCACAAGCAUACUCCGGAAUAUUGGCCAUAUCGAAUUCAUUUGACGUAAAACCAAGGCAGUUUUAUCUGGAGGUCGUCACACAUAUAGCCAAUGCGAAUCAAUCUGUACCAUUUGGUACCCAGCCAGUGGUGGAAGUUCGAGAUAUGGGAACGAGUAGAAGGGCCGCACCCUUGAAGACUCCAUGGUGGGUUACUGCGUCACUACAUGCCAACCCCAAGCCUAGAGAUUCUUUCUUGAAUGGAACGUUUAAUGUUUCAGUAGAAAAGGAGCGAGCUGUGUUUACUAAUCUUCUUGUAUCCUUGUACGGGCUUGGUUAUGUAUUGAGGUUUGAAUCUAGCUACGGACAUGUCGUUCUAUCAGCGGCGUUCGAGGUCCAUUACGUCAAUGAUUAUUCUCCAGUGUUCACUCCAGGGAACCGUACAGUUCAUGUUGACGAAGGAACAGCCAUUGGGUCAUUUGUCAUCGCGAUCCAUGCGACAGACAAUGAUAUCGGAAGUCAAGGUGAUGUCUAUUAUGCCCUCGACGCAGGAAACAUCGACGAAAGCUUCCUUAUUAACAGGACCUCUGGUGUUAUAGCUACUGCGCAGAGAUUAGACCGCGAAACAACUGCUGUUUAUAACCUGAAAGUGAAGGCUUACGACGGAGCUGUUGAGGAGAAAGUUCGUUUCUCCUUCGAACUUAUUGUGGUUCAUAUUGGCGACCUUAACGAUAACGCCCCGCGGUUUACCAAAAAUGGAUUUGCAUCUCGGGUAAACGAAAACGAAAACCUUAAUGACGUAAUUCUUCAUGUGGACGCAAUGGACCGCGACGCAGGAGCAAAUGCCAAGUUAAGGUUUUCUAUCACAUCAGGAAACAGUGACGGUUAUUUUGACAUCAAAGCUGAAACAGGGGACAUUAUUGUUAAACGUUCACUUGAUUUAGAGGGACCAGCUCCACCAUCACUGAAUUACAGCCUAGGUGUUUAUGUGACCGACCUAGGAUCACCUCCACUAAGUAACUCCACCACUGUGGUAAUAAACAUCGCACCAGUAAAUGAGUUUUCGCCUCAGCUCACUCACGACCAAUCAGCUGUUGUUACCGUAAAGGAAAACUACGAUCCUGGAAAUGGACUUGUGUUGAUGGAUGUGAAUGCUACUGAUAACGAUUUCGGAGUGCAAGGUAUUGUUCAUUAUUUCAUCUACAGUGGUGACAGCGACGGAACGUUUGUGAUUAAUAGUUCUUCUGGAGUUGUGACGUUGACUUCAUCUCUGGAUCACGAGACAUCACCCCUACACAGGCUAAUAAUUCGUGCAUCAGACAGUGACCCCACUGGUGGUGCGCGAUACACUGACUUUGACCUGCAGGUCCAUGUGGAGGAUGUAAAUGACAAUAAUCCAUUGUUUUCAAACAAUUUAACUACAAUUCAAGUGCCCGAGACUCUUUCCACAGGUGAAAAGGCUACAACUUUCCUGGCAACCGAUCUCGACUCAGGUGAAAAUGGGCGUGUGAGUUACGUCAUCACCGCUGGGAACUUGGAGGGCUACUUCGGUUUAAGUGCUGACACUGGAGACCUGACGUUACAAAAGAGCCUUGAUCUGGAGUCUUCGCAAGCACCUUACCCAAACUUCACACUUGUGGUCGAGGCAAAGGAUCAUGGGAAUCCUCAGUUGUCUAACAAUGUUACAUUUGUGUUGAAAGUCAAAAGUGUGAAUGAAUUUACUCCUGAGUUCAUUCACCCUGGUCGUUCCUUGCAAAUUCCAGAAGAUACCGCUGUUGGAACGCUUUUAUGCCAAGUCACAGCCAAAGACAAGGACUUUGGACCUGAUGGAUUCAUAACAUAUCACAUACUGAAAGGAAACGAGGAUAGGCGUUUUCGGAUCGAGUCUUCGUCUGGAAAAAUAUUCAUUCACGCUCCAUUGGAUCGAGAGACAACUUCAAGGUACCAACUGGAAAUAGAGGCUUCUGACUGGCCUGUUAAAAUAGUCAAUCAACGUUCGUCUAUCACGUUUGUGAAUUUAAGUCUAACGGAUAUCAAUGAUAACAAACCAGUUUUCAGCAAAGGUUCUUACUACGUCGCUGUCAAGGAAACUGUGAAAGUAGGCAGUGACGUCUUCACAGUGCGGGCGAGUGAUACUGACGCAGGUUCAAAUGGCCAAGUUGAGUACAAAAUCAAGUCAGGUAACAACCAUGGCUUCUUUGAAAUGAACUCCAACACUGGAAUAAUAACAAUAAGAAAAAGCCUUGAUCUGGAGACACAGCAACACGUGGACGAUCUUCUUUACACCCUCACUGUCGAGGCAUUGGACAAGGGUCAGGUGCCACUGACCAGUGAGGUGCUGGUUACCAUAGAAAUAGUCAGCGUGAACGAGUUUGCACCACAGUUACAACAUUCCGCAAGUAUUUACGUAAAAAUACCUGAAGACACUGCUGUUGGUUCCAUUGUUGCGGACAUCAAUGGCACAGACAGAGACUUCGGAAUGGACGGACAACUUAGUUAUUCUAUUAUAGGUGGUAACGAAGACAUCAAUUUUGAUAUCAAUUCCAAAACUGGUGUGAUCAUGGUCAAAAAGGAUCUGGACUAUGAAACAAUCGUGAGAUACACCCUUGUUGUACGUGUAAGCGACAACGCUCCAUCAGCUCAGCGGCUUUCCACGGUUGCUAAGGUGACAGUUCGACUCACCAAUGUGAAUGACAGUGGAGGCGUGGAUGUGCUUAUUGAAGAUGUGAUCAGCAGGAUAAGUCCUCCAAGGGACCCUGCUGUUGCAGUUGGCGUUGCAAUCAGUAGUCCGAUAUCAGUACUGUUGCUGUAUGAAAACGGUAACCGAGAAAAGCUAUCUGACGAUGACAACAGAUUGACAUUUGACGACAAGUCAGAAUCACGUGGUCUGUUCUCAGUUGUGUCGGCUGAUGGCAAGAAAAUAAUUGCAGCAAACCUCCAGGGAUUACUGGGUCAUGGCGUUCUUAUUGUUCGUGUUCAUAACAUUUACAAUGUUCGUGUCCAAGUCAACGUAGUUGGGUUUUCCUCUCUACAGCUAUCAGCUGUACCUUAUCCAACCACAAAAAACUCAGAAGUAACCUUGAAAUCGCUAAAGCGCGUAGGUAAUCGUCAUGGCAACGUCCAGUCGGCUUCUCUUAUUCUGUACCUCAUUUUGACGGAUAACUCCACUUAUGACGUUACCAAGAUGAUAUCAGCCUCCUUCAAUGUCAUAAGCAAUGACGUGGGUGUUAAAGCCUUGGUGGGACCCAGUCCGAGAAAUGUGUUGUUUGUAGAGAGUGUAAGCACCAGCGGGAACAUAAGUCUUAUUGGUAUGUUCUCCGGGAGAGCGUCUAGUACUCUUAGGCUUGAAAUUUCAGCUGAGGUAAUAACUGUCAAUGAAAUAGUUGCUGUAGAAAUAACUGGACUUAGGAAUCAAACUCUUGUUGGUCCUGCGUUUGCAACGCAAGGUCAGGUACAAGUGGACUUUGCUAUGAACGACAGCUCCACGUUUAGGGUGCAGAAUUUCUCUAAAUUUCCUGGACUUGUUACAUUCAAAAGCAGCCAGAAAGAGGUGGCUUUGGUUGAUAACAUGACUGGUGUUGUCACGUUGUUAUCAGAUUAUUAUGACUUGGUAACCGUGACAGUGACUCCGCUUCAGGGCCAAGCUGAGCCACAGAGAUCUCAGUUUUAUUGCAAUACAGUACCACCAGUGGGUGGUGUUGAUAUUGGACAAGAGUACGGCCCCGCAAUACCAGCUUUGAAAGCUAACCAGCGAAUUACCAUCCCUGUCCGCGUGAAUCCAGGAAAAGCAAAACUUCUUGCGUUUGACGUAAAGAUUUCGUUCGACGAAAGUCAAGUCCAUUUUGUUGAAUUGAAGAGAAGUUUUGCAUACUCUUACAAUUACGGUCAGUUGCAUUUAGCAGAUCUGACAAACCCUGAAAAUGCUAUCUCACAUGUUGCCGAUCUAGUUUUCGACUCCUUGGAUAAUGGUGUGCCUACAAUACAAGGAACAGUGAACAUUUUAAUGGAUCAAAACUUGGGUUUCAUAGCGGGAGACUAUUCACCAACUCUGACGAUAUGCCAGAACUCAAUGCUGGGAGAUGUCAACGAAGACUGUGUGUUUAACAUCAAGGACGCAGCUUUCACUUUAGCGCACAGCUUGGCAGUGGAAGAUAACUUCAACAGUGAGUUCGGGAAAAUGAUGCUGAGGCGAACAACCAAUAAAAUGCUUCAAGUCAUGGAUUUCAACCUAAAUGGAGUUCCAGAACGGGACGAUGCCUACCUGUUAGCACGUGCAAAUAUGGAUAUGGUGCGAUUCUUAAAAUUCUUUCAUACGAGCGUACCUGAUCACCGAAAUAAUUCUACAAACUGCGAGUUGGAAAUAACAGCUGAGUUGAGCGCUCGAGAUGGAACCAAGGAGACAAAUACUGACACCCAACUAUACUUUGAGUUUGCUAGUGGAUCGGACAUCUUGAAUGCACAACUUGAAAGCACCUCAUUCGACACAGGAGAACUGAUAGCGACUUACGAUCAAGAGCACGAGUUGUUUGGAGGUAUCGUGAAGGCUGGACAUCGAGGCGAACGCUUUAUAGUAAUGACUAAACAGUCCCAAAUAGAAACGGAAAACUUAGGCGUGUCCAUGAUUCAGGUAACGAAGGGUGCUAAAUGGCGGGAGCCAGUGGUUACACCCCUUUUUACGUUUUCGCGUGAUCCAACGUUCCCUGCACCAAUAACAGUUCAAUUGGCGCCAAACGCUGCCCUUGUGGUCACCAGUGGACACUCACCUCAGAUAACUGUCAACGUUUCAGAAUCAUUUACAACUUGUCUUGAUCCACCUGUCAUGAAAAACGUUAUGUUUGUUUUCCGAAACGAUUUCUCAGAGGUCGAAGGAAACAAAGACACUUUUAUGAAAACGUUCAUAGAAGACUUAACUUCAAAAUUCCCACAUGCAAAAAUUGAUAAUGUGAGACUCGCACGAGGUAGCAUCCUGGUCUAUUUUGACAUUACGGCUCAGAUAUCUCAGAUGGAUAACGCUCUAGUUGCAUUAUGGGACAUGAUCAAGUCAGGGUACACCUUGCGUGUGAACAACACAGAAUAUCAAGCUCAAAUGGUUAUGCGCGUAGAUGGACAAGAUUAUCACCGUAAUGAUAAGGUGUCUCAAACAGAGGAAGACCGAUCAAAAUUUCCAACGGCUGCAGUGACCGCGAUAUGCGGGGUCGUCGCUCUUGGUGUUAUCAUAGGAGUGGCGUUCUUCUUAUGUAGGAAACGCGUUCGUCAAGCAAAAGGUAAAUUUUCGUGGAAAAGCGCAUCAAAAAUCAAUAUCAUCGAUUCGCACUCAGCCACGCAGAUGAGUGACAAAAUGGGAGGUACUGAGAUGAUUCUGUUCAGCGAAUUAACCAAUGACUGUUUCGAGUCUUCGGACAAUGAAACACCUCCACCGUCGAGGCCCUCUUCAAGAAAUACUUCAGCGCAAAAGGGUAACUUUUUCAAGCGGAAGGUACGCAAAGUGAAUUCUGCAUCUUCUCAGGCGUCUAUUGAGGCUUGGUCAGAGAAUACCUCUCCUGCACUUGUUAGGCGCACUCCGCAGCUUGCACUGUCAUCUCCCACGAUUGACGCCAACUUCAGGGAUGCAUCGAUUCUUAGUAGACAGACGGUGAAACAUAAGAGUGACAGCCAAAUUUUGGUGCAAGAGAACUCCUCAACUGAAGGCUCACCGAUAAAUUUAAGCCCGCAAACGCCAAAACGAAGACAAUCACCACAAAAGCUACGAAUGCGAGCCCAAAAUGGUGCGUCUUUUGGCAGUGAUUCAUCAGACGAAGAGUUGACAAGGAAUGGGACGCCAUCUUCGGCUGACUCGGGUACUCCCACAAGCAAAUCUUUGAAAGACCAGAGCCGUCGGCAUUUUAUUUUUGAGAAAGCUGUUUUGUACAAGAGACUGAUGGCUCAAGAAUCACCUCAAACAGGAUCGCGGGAUUCUAGUCGCCCAUCUUCCGGUCACAGUACACCCAGAAUGAACGUCACCUCGCUUCCUCCUGGAUACAUGGGAAACAAUAACGACGGGAAUGACAUCACAGUAGAGGAGGAGUCAUACACUGUCAGACUUCCCGUGAAUGUCCUCAACACAGUCGCUGAAGGAGAAGGAAGAAAGCCUUUCACGAAAAUCGGCUUCGUCGAGUUUCCUAGCGAUGCUACCCUUGGUGACAUUCGGGAAAUAUUAAAGAGGGAAUUCUUUGAAACCCUUCUUGAGCGAGUUUUCCUAUUCCAAGAUGCCAUGAUGGCUGAUGUGGAACCAUCCAGCGAGGCGACAACCAAGAGCAUGUAUAACUUGUCGGUAAUCAUCAGAUUUGCCAACAAACAAGAAGCAGCACUUUUAUUUUGCCCAUGCGGCGCCGCAGCUCAUUUCCAGUGCUCUGCGUGUCACAAGCGUGGUUACUGUGGUCGAGACUGUCAAGCGAAGGACUGGCACCGGCACAAGAUCACUUGUGAAAACGAACAGGUCUCUAGUGUGUAAAAGUUCCACGAAGGAAAAAAAAAUACAUACAGCGCUACUUAUUUACGUGUGACCUCGUGUUAUUCCGUCUUGAGGUGUUGAUUUUUGUUUCAGUGCCGAUGUAAAGAAUUUGGCGUGAUAAAAAAAAUGUGGCUUCAGUAGACCAAGAAAAUAAUCUUUAGGUCAAAAGGCAUCUUCCAAUGAAGUUACUUGUGAUCCGAGGUAAUCUUUUCACGUCGUUGUUUUGCAGCUCUCUCUCUUUUCCCGUGUGUUUUGUCUUUAUGCAACCAAACUUUUGAAAGUAAAUUUUUAACGCUCAGAGCGCUCCAAAGGUCAAGAUAUUUAACUCUUUAAGGGUGUAAGUUCUUGGGAUAUUUUUCACGGACACAGUACUGAAAAUGUGAAAUAAAGAUAAAUAAAUAAAAUUUAAAAUCUGCGCAACAUCGUACAUUGUUCGAAUAUAUAUAUCAUAUAAUGUUGGAUGUACUCAAAAUCACGAACACCUACUCUGGCUUUUAAUUGUCGUGGUACAAUCUGAUCAUAGAACACUACACGUGCAAAGUAUCGCAGUUGUAUUUAAUCAACAUCAUACCAAAAAUAGAGUGUACGUUUUUCUACACAACUUCGUUUUUGAGUGGACAGUGUUUGCUCAAUUAAUUCUCUCUUAAUUUCUCUAAAAUAUUCUUUGUUUUCGGCUUCAUUCACCCCACACACCGUUUGCGUGAUGUGAAACUACAAUAGGUUUACAACUCUUAUUGAAUCGUCGCAACUUUGCACUUGGUGCAUCCUCAAAGGUUCACAUGUACUUGCCUCGGAGUACUGCACAAAGGUAUACCAAUUUACGUCUUGCAAAAACAGUUAACUGGCUUUGCUGAAAUUUAAAUUUUCCACGAUGUUUUCAUAAUUUUAAUGUUCAUUUUGUCAUAAAGUCGUGAUUGUGGUAUUUCAACCCGCUUGUAAAACUUUUUCUUGGUGUUGAUUUAAACCAGCAGCUGCAUUAUGAAGUGUUUCAAUAAAAGUUGGGA